CAGCGCUGAAUUUUCAUUUGGCAAGCCGUGGCGAACCGCCAUGUCGUCUCUAUCCGCCUUCGUGGUUCCGUUCACUGCUUCGAUUCCUUCACAGCCUGCUCCCCGCCGAGCAGUGCGCGGUUUUGAGGCGAAGAGCAGUGGAGGGCCCUCGUUGGGCGUCGCAGGGAUUACUGCCUUUGUAGCACAUCGCCUCGUAACCCAGGGGCGGCGCGCGCAGCGCUCGCAGCCGCCAGAUGCGGAGGCGCCUCGCCUGACGACGCGCAAGAAGAGCGACCCACAAAACGUCACGUUGCUGGACAUAGGCACCGUGUACUCCGUCAAGGAGGAUUUGAGCAAGCCAAGCAUUACAGCUGCUGAUUCGCAGCCAAAACAGGAGAAGUUCAUAGUGCAGAGGAGGGCUGAUGUCAAGGAUCCCCAAGAGCUGAUCAACGAGGUGGCUGCGGAUAUGCAGGACAUGGACGAGGACUUCCUGAAAAACCUGCUUGAAAUGACGGAAGUUCAGCGCGCAGAUCACAUUGCCGUUCCCUCAGGUGCCCGCAAGGGUCCGCCAAAUUUUAGAAAGGUCCAGAAAACUGGCCUAAACUCAGAAGAGCUGACACGCAAGGCGUUCGUUCUCAUGGAGGCGGGCGAGAUCAACGAAGCCAAGGAGCACCUGGACCGGGCGUCGCGCGUGGCCUCCGCUUUCGAGCGCUUGAACCAGGAGUUUGAGAUCAUCCGCAAGAAGCAGUACGCGUACCAACGAAAAGAUGAGACGCAGGUAGUGCUGGAGUUGCAGCGCGAGCUGCACCGAGAUGACUUCGACAUGAUCUUCGGCGCCAAAGCCAAGCUCGCGAGGUUCAUUGGCGGCGUAUGAUUUGCUAGCAGAUCGCAUCUUGCGGCUGGAUCCGUCAUGAAAUAGCUCUAUCUGGCUUGUCCGGUUGGCUGAUUCCUUUUGAUGGAGCCAGCCGCUCAUGACACAUGGUGCGACUUUGCAUGCAGCAAAUGGGCAGCAGGCUGCUUCACCGCAAACCGAUA